CGUCUCCCUGUGUCAGCCACCUGAUUGGUCCUCCGGUCCUAGUUUAAAAACUAUACCGCGUAGAGGAGAGAAGCCGCCGGAGCUUCGUUACCAAUCAAUAAGUUGAUGUUUUCGUCUUUAAAUACUUCGUAAACACAUCAGGAAGAUGAUGGAGUCUUGUUUGGGGGGGAAGCCGGAGAGAGUCGGGCCGGUGGUGGUGGACGACAUCAGGAAAGAUCUGCUGGGGGAAUUCAAUGCUCUACCUGCACAGGACAACGUUCAGUCGGAGAACCUGCAGGUGUUUCUGAGGGUUCGGCCGUUCACCGCAGCAGAGAACGACAACGGAGAAUCACAGGAUUGCGUGACCAUCGAGGGGCCGGACACGGUGGUUCUGAAGGCUCCCAGGAGCUGUCAAUCAAACCGACAGAGUGACAAGUCCCUCCCACAAACAGCACAGAGGUUCACCUUCACACAGGUGUUCGAGCCCGAGGCCAGCCAGAGGAAGGUGUUUGACGGUUCGGUUCGGGAUUUGGUCCGAGACGUUCUCGGGGGAGGAAACUGUCUGGUGUUCACGUACGGAGUCACCAACGCUGGAAAAACCUUCACAUUCCUCGGUCCGGACCACGAUUCGGGUCUGUUGCCGCGGUCGCUGUCGGUGAUCUUUAACAGCAUUGAAGGCCGUCUGUACAGCCGCGUCGAUCUGAAGCCGCAGCGCUGCCGAGACUUCAGCCGGCUGACUCCAGACCAACAGGCAGCGGAGUCCAGCGGCAAGAGGAACCUACUGCGGCUGCUCAAAGAGAGCGACAAAAGUCAGAUGUCUGGAAGAUCAACUUUUCUUGACGGCUUGUCUCUCAGCACUGACAGCAGUUUGAACAGCACCUCUGAGGCCGACAGUUUCUGUCUGGACGUUGACACAAAUGUCCGUUUCUCCGUCUGGGUUUCUUUCUGUGAGAUUUACAACGACAACAUCCACGACCUGCUGGAACAGGUUCCUGCUGGACAUGUCAAGAGGACGGUGCUGCGUCUGUCUCAGGACGUCAGAGGAAACUCCUUCAUCAAAGACCUGCGCUGGGUCCAGGUGAACAGCUCUGAUGAAGCCUACAAAGUGAUGAAGAUCGGGAAGAAGAACCAGAGUUUCUCCUCCACCAAACUGAACCAGCUGUCCAGCAGGAGCCACAGCAUCUUCUCCAUCCGGAUCCUCCGAGUGGACGACGUCGGAGUUCCCAGAGUCCUCGGCAUCAGCGAGUUGUCUCUGUGCGACCUGGCCGGCUCGGAGCGCUGCUCUCGCACCCACAACACCGGCGAACGUUUGAAGGAAGCGGGAAACAUCAACAACUCUCUGCUCACGCUCGGGAAAUGCAUCAACGCCAUGAGGCUCAACCAGCACGCCAAGUUCCAGCACCACGUUCCCUUCAGGGAGUCAAAGCUCACUCACUUCCUGCAGUUCUUCUUCUCUGGCGCCGGCCGUGUCUCCAUGGUGGUCAACAUCAACCAGAACUCAGCGUGCUUCGACGAGACACUCAACGUCCUCAAGUUCUCCGCCCUCGCUCAGAAGGUGGUGGUGUUGAACUCGCGGCCGGCCGUGCUGGACGGCUCCCCCCUCAGGUCGUCUCUGGAGGUGUCGAUGAUCAUCGACGAGGCCGACCAGCGCAGAGACAGGAAGACAGGGCGAGGCAGGAGCUCGCUGGUCGCCUGGGAGACGAGCCUGGAGGACGUGCUGGAGGACGGGGACGGAGAGGAUUGGGGGGAGGAAGAGGAGGAGGAGGAGAGUGUGAUGGAGGGAACAGUGCUGGAGGCCGGAGGGGAGGAAGACAAGGAGGAAGACAGGACCAUGGAGGAGGAGGAGAAGUCAGACAGAGAGGCUGCUCUGCGGUUGGUUCUGGAGGCUCAGAUCAGAGAAGAAGUCAGCUCAGAGUUCAUGGAGCUCUUCAACAAGAUGGAGAAAGACUACAGUGACCGCCUGCAGAAGGAGAGGGAGCUCCUGGAGGAGCGAGCUGAGAAGAGAGUGGAGAUCCUGAAGAACCUCGUCAGCAAGACUGUCGAUCUGUCCGCCGUCAACACCAACAGCAGCAGCAAGGAGGAUCUGGAGGGAAUCAUCAGCUCGAUGACUGAAGACCUGGAGAAGAUCAGAGAGGACGCUCAGACUGUUCACCGCUGUCUGGCUGAACACACACACACAGCAGAGCUGGAGGCGCUGCGAUUGGAGAAGCAGCAGUCACAUGACCAGCUGCAGGAAGCCAAAGAGAGUCUGGAGCAGCAGCAGCAGAAGUUAUCAGAGCUGAUGGACAUCUGUCGGCAGAAAGACGACGUCAUCAACCAGCUGCAGGCAGCCAUGGACGCCACGCUGGAGAACGCCACCAGAGACAGGUCUCUGGUGGAGUCGAUUCGCUCGGAGCUGCUGGAGCUUCAGCAGAGGGCCGACAGAGACGGAGACGUGGGCGGGAAACGCCGUCGGGAAGCUCCGGACCAAGAAGAUGAAGAGGAGAGAGGGCCGGCGAAGAAGAGAGUCUCCCCGGUUCUGGAGGAGGAGAUCUGGCGUCUGCAGGAGGAAAACGAGCGUAAAGAGGAAACCAUCGUGGAGCUGAGAGAGAGGGAGGAGAGGAGGAAAGGGAUGGAGGAGCAGCUGAGGAAACGAGAGGAGGAGGUGAAGGAGCUGAAGAAGGAGCUGCAGGAACUCAAAGAUCUCCCCGGGUGUCUGAACUGUGAUUCUGUGUUUUCGUCUCUGGAGUCGGAGCAGAGAGAAACCUCCAGACUGACCAAGGAGAACAAGGCUCUGGUCAACGGCAUCUUCCAGCUCCAGACAGAGGUGACCGGUCUGCAGACGAAGAUCAGAGAGCAGACUGACAGGUCCGACAGCCUAUCAGAGCAGCUCAACACUGCAGAGACCCGCCUCCAGGCCCUGGAGAGCCAAUCAGAGGAGAAGGACGACAGCAUCAACAGUCUGACACAGGAAGUGGAGCGUCUGAGACGGGAAGUCAAGGAGGAGGAGUCGCGGAACAGCAGUGUUUUUCACACCACCCUGGAGGAUCUGAAGAAGGAGAGCCAGGCAGCGCUGCAGAGAUCGGCUCAGAAAUCCCAACAGAUCCAAGAACUGCAGACGGAAAAGAUCCAGCUGAAGGAAGCUCUGACACAUCUGGAGACGGAAAAGAUCCAGCUGAAGGAAGCUCUGACACAUCUGGAGACGGAAAAGAUCCAGCUGAAGGAAGCUCUGACACAUCUGGAGACGGAAAAGACCCAGCUGAAGGAAGCUCUGACGCGAAGUGAGAACAGGUGCGUCGAGCUCAGCGAGGAGUUAGCCAAUCAGAAGGCAGAGUUCAUCCGUCGGCUGGAGAGCCAGAGGGCGGAGCUGGAGUCUGAGGCCGGAGCUCUGCGGGGGAGACUGGAGGAGAUGGAGAGAUCACAGGAGAGGGAGAAAGAAGAGCUGCUUCGAGAUGUGUUGGAGAAGGAGAAACUUUUGGAAGAAUGUCACCGAGAGACAGAGACUCUGAGAAAAGAGCUGGAGCGUCUGAAGGAGAACCUGCAGAGGAGAGGAGAGGAAGAGGAGGAGGAGGAGGAGAAGGAGAACAGGGAGGUGGAGGAGGGGAAGGUGACCGUGGUGGAGGAGCUGAAGGAGGAGAUACAGAGACUGCAGGAGAGGAAGAGGAGGCAGGAGGAAGAGAAGAAGAGCCGGGAGUAUGAUGCUGUAAAGAAAGAGGUGGAGAGACUGAAGGAGGAGAGAGACACACAGAGGUGUGGUGUUCGAGUCUUUCUUCCAGAACAGGACGUUUUCGUGUCUCCUCUGAGAUCCAACGUGGCUGACAGAAAGAAAUCCCCCAAAACAACCGGGAGGAAGAGGAAGAGCUGCGAAGUGCAGGACCUGGUGUUCAGUGAGAACAAGAGAAACAGAGUGAGAGGAAACACUCAGAGAAACAACAAACAGGAGAAGAGAGAUGGGGCUCUGCAGAAGAUCGGAGAGUUGCUCCACAGUUCUCCCUCCAUCCUGGGCAGCAAAGCUAAAACCAUCAUCAGUCUGGUCAGCGGACAUUCGGUGGAGAAAGAGACGGUUACCACGGCAACCAAACCAAAACGAGGACGGAAGAAGCUUUUUAAGACGGGCGCGUCCUCCCCGCUGCUCGACUCCCCGACCAUGACGUCUGGAGGAGUGGAGGAGGAGAAGGAGAGCCAUCACCUCAUCAUUAGGAGACAGCUGCGCUCCAAAACCUGCAGGAAGUGACAUCAUCACCUGUCUUCACACGUCAAACCGCAUUGAUUGAUUUUUAAAUAUGUACAGUCAGUUUUUCUGUUUCUUUGUUUUAAUGGAUAAAGAGCUGAGA